GAGUUGCCGCCUGCGAAGGGGGUAAUUAAGCGCACGAGCGCUCCUUUUACCCCAGCACAGGAGUGCAUGACCUUCGCCCAACCGCUCGUUUACUGUCCUCCCGGGCACGGGAUUACAGCGCGCCAUUUCCGAGCCGAUUACAAGGACCCGCGUGGCGUUCGAGGGGCGUCUCGUGGGCAGAACAAGCCUGACAUCACCCUGUGCUUCGUCGUGUAGGGGCGCGUGGCACCGCCUCUUUCUCAUCUUAAAGCGCGCUGUUGGUGUAAAGUGCGUGCAGUCAGUCACGAGCAGCUACCGGAGGAAAGGUGGGCCAAGGACACUGACGGACUAAACGGGGGGACCGAUACCAAAGCGCACUUGUGCACGGGACGUUCGCGAGAAGAGGGGGGAAAGACCGCUCAUUCACGAGGCUCACUGCCACAUGAUUGUUCUUUUCGUCACUUUCACCGCACGCGCCGGCUGUGUUCCAUAGCGCCAAGCACCGCCCGGUCCACACAAAAAAAAGAUGCCCGACACGCCGCCGUCCGACCCGGGCUCGCGGGAGGCGAAGAUAACGGUCCUUGAGGUUUUCCCAGGCAGCUCAGCUUGCCGCGUCGGUUACCCGGUGGCGCGUGUGGAAUGAAAGUUGGAGCUGAACGCAGAGCGCGAAGAUGACGGUGCCUUUGCUGAAGAUCGGAGUCGUCCUGAGCACGAUGGCGAUGAUCACCAACUGGAUGUCCCAGACCUUGCCGUCGCUGGUUGGGCUUAACACUACCAAACUGACCGCGGCGCAGAGUGGUUACCUGGACCGGAGUACGGGAGUGUUGCCUGCUAACCCAGAGGAGUCCUGGCAGGUGUACAGCUCUGCGCAGGAUAGCGAGGGCCGGUGUGUGUGCACGGUCGUCGCCCCUCAGCAGACCAUGUGCUCCCGGGACGCCCGCACCAAACAGCUACGGCAGCUCCUGGAGAAGGUGCAGAACAUGACCCAGUCGAUCCAGGUAUUGGACCAGCGCACACAGAGAGACCUGCAGUAUGUGGUUAAGAUGGAGGAUCAGCUCAGAGGCCUGGAGAACAAAUUCAGACAAGUGGAGGAAAGCCACAAACAAAACCUUGCCAAGCAAUACAAGACCAUAAAGGCGAAGAUGGCGGAGCUGCGCCCGCUCAUCCCCGUGCUGGAGGAGUACAAGGCGGACGCGCGGCUGGUGCUGCAGUUCAAGCAGGAGGUGCAGAAUCUGACAGCCAGCCUGGCGCUCCUGCAGCAGGAGAUGGGGGCGUACGACUACGACGAGCUCCACUCCCGCGUCUCCAGCCUGGAGGAGAGGCUCCGCGCGUGCAUGCAAAAGCUCGCUUGUGGUAAACUCACAGGCAUCAGUGAGCCCAUCACUAUUAAAACAUCUGGAUCUCGGUUCGGGUCCUGGAUGACCGACCCAGUGGCUCCAGAAGGAGAUACCAGAGUGUGGUACAUGGACGGCUACCACAACAACCGCUUUGUGCGGGAGUACCGCUCCCUGGUGGACUUCAUGACGUCGGACAACUUCACCUCCCACCGGCUGCCUCACCCCUGGUCUGGCACGGGCCAAGUGGUCUACAAUGGCUCCAUCUAUUUCAACAAGUUCCAAAGCCAAGUCAUCAUCAAGUUUGACUUCAAGACCUCCACUAUCAGUCGGACGCAGCGGCUGGACAACGCGGGCUUCAACAAUGCCUACCACUACGCCUGGGGCGGCCACUCUGACAUCGACCUCAUGGUGGACGAAGGCGGCCUCUGGGUCGUCUACGCUACCAACCAGAAUGCGGGAAACAUUGUCAUUAGCAAGCUGAACCCCGUCACGCUGCACGUGGUCAAGACGUGGACCACCAACCAUCCGAAGCGCAGUGCCGGCGAGUCUUUCAUGAUUUGCGGAACGCUCUACGUGACCAACGGCUAUUCUGGUGGAACGAAGGUCUACUACGCCUACCACACCAACUCCUCCACCUACGAGUACAUCGACAUCCCGCUGCAGAACAAGUACUCGCACAUCUCCAUGUUGGACUACAACCCUCGUGACCGCGCCCUCUAUGCCUGGAACAACGGCCAUCAGGUUCUCUACAAUGUCACCCUCUUCCACCUGGUCCGCUCCGAGGAGCUGUAACCAUAGAGACGGCCUGUCAGAUGGACAGGAAAAGAAUCUGUCAUGGGAUAUUCAAGAGGUUCAAUCAUGUCAGAGAGAGUGA